GUGUAGCAUGGCCAAAGCAUUUUCGUUUCUUUUCGUUAUUUUGAGCUAUUCAAGCUAUUUAUCGAUAACUAUAGAGGUGGAACCAACUCCUGAAGAGUGGGUGAAUCCUUGGGAUAUGACUAAAUACGAUGCAGCUGCUAAAACCAUUGAUCACGGGGACACUUUAAGUGGCCUUCCAAAAGAUGGUGAUUCCAGUCCUAACCACAAUCCAUCCAUGAGCAGGCUUCAAGCACAGCUAACACAGUGUCAGAAAGAUUUGAAAAAGCUGCCCGCUCAGUGCCAGGCAUGUGCUGAGGAAACUGUUGCUAAUGCCUCACCGUGUGAAACGCCACACUUUAAGAGGGUAAUCAGAAUCAUAUUAGGCAAUCUUGAAGAUCGUGGUGAUCAUGAUGUGACAAUUACUGCUUCAAAAGAUGACACUGCAACCUUAGAAAAAUUCAUCAAAUCUGAUGACGGAAACAUCCAAGAUGCCGCAGAAGUAGUCACUACUAUCAUAUCUAACUUUAAAAGCAAAGGUAGCAUGUAUGACUUUAACAAAUGGGACUCAUCAUCCUUCACUUAUGUAACUAAAGAGGCAGUUCUUGUCCUGGCAGCACUGUUUUUUGUGCUCUGUGCUGCAGUGGUUUUUGAGAGGUAUACAACUUUAACUUGGAGGAAGCAACUUUGGUGUGUUCUUUUCCUGUGCUUUGCUGUAAGUAUUCCGUGGGAGUGGUACCAUCUGUACAGAAAGGCAUUUGCUUCUAAACAAGCACAGAUGGAAAAGGAGAUUCCCAAGGAGUGCCGGCCAGAUCAUCAGUUACGACCACUUGAGUCUCUAGUACUUUGGUUUAGGAACUCAUUUACCUUUACAGAUGACAUUUGUAUCAAAUACCAGGAGACAUUGCUUGUUGAUCCAUUCUGGGAAAUCUCUCCCUCUAAAGCAAUUUCUGCAACAGUGGCCAGUAUCAUUGCUCAGCCAUUUGAACACAUUGCAGAGGCCUUGGGCAAGAGUUUUCGAGCAUUGUUCAGAGAGGUUCCAUUGCAAUGGCAGCCGUUUGUGUUUAUUGCUGUAAUCUUUUUAAUUGUUGUCAUCAUUUUCACAAUUAGUGGAUUACAAAUAAGGCUGCCAUUUGUAACAAUCGCAACUACCACUGCCCCUGCCCUGCCUGGAAAUAUCCAUGGAAAUCUGCAACAGCUUCAGGACCAACUCCAGAAUGUUGUGCGUCACUUAAAUGAUGUGCCUGCACAACCCAGAGGUGCAAUUGAUAAUGCUCCCUUACAAGAGGACAUCCACAAUCGUUUAGGGCAGGUUUAUGAUGUUUUGAAUGCCAUAAAUGAAAGACAACAGAGAUGGGGAGAGGACAUGCAAAGAGCCCAGCCUAUGAUUCAACAAGCUCCUCAGCCAGCACCAGAGGGCCUUGGUCAUGUGGAGGCUGGUGCUACUGUGGUUGGGGUACAGGAGGAGAGACCCGGGAGACAGCCUGUCUCAGAAACACACCCUGUUGCAACAACAUGCGCUGUUACAGAGACACAUCCUGUUUCAGAGACUUCCGAUCCUAAAACUCCUGUUCAGAAUAUAGAUACUGCUCAUGUGAGGGAUUUUGACUUCAAGGAAUCUUGAUAUAUUCUUAUGUAAGGUUGAUUCUUUGCAUAUGAAUG